GAUGGGAUCAGUCUGGUCGAACGGGAGUUGCGGCGCGUUAGUGGUGCCUGUCCUCGUUGGCGAAGAUCGUAAACGAGCUCGGCGGUGAGACGACAGGCCGUAGAAAAAUCGCUCUCGUCGGCUCCGGGCCAUCAGGCACGCGGUGUUCGCAGUGCAGUGACCGACACCAGAGCCCGAAGAACCGCAACGAUAUCCAUCAGCAAGAGUAAACGGAGGAUCGGUCCUUCGCUCUCUCGCUAUGAACGGUUUGCCGGAGAACAAUCAUCGUCAGGGUCGGCCAGCGGUGGAUUGUAAACAAACGACGAGCGCCGUUUUUCGGUAAACGUCGUUAGCACGCCAAACUCGAAAACAAGCGUAGCGCAUCACCGGCGCUUCGUUACCGACGGAGGGUGUUGUUCACCUGCGAAGAGCAUCCAGCCCAGGAUAGGCUUGCGCAGUGACGUUCGGGCCGAGCCGAUGGGUCGCGGGCAUCAUCGCGAUUGUGUGCGCGCUCGAUGUUGCUUGCGUGUGAGAUGGGUCGAUUAUAAACCCGUGAAGGGGCAAACUGUGGCGGCGAAGGCGGCGGCGGCGGCGGUGGACCAAGUCAAUGCAUAUUCCAGCCAGUGCAGGAUCGAAUAAUGCCUGAUCGCCGAGGCGUUUUGCCGGUUAUUAGAAUCGACUUGAUGGAAAAUCAAACGGACGCAAAUCUCCACUGCCAUAUAAAUUGAAAUCCGCGCCGUUAUUCACGCCACUGGUUUAAAGUUUGAAUACAGUUUAUGAUUAUCGCUUCACUGCACUCGUGUGAAAUGUAAAAAAAUCAUCUGUACACCUUGUUCCUCAAUCCGCUGAUAUCCUCUGCCGCAGCGACCGUGCGAAACGGUAACCUUAUUAUGUGUGCAGUGUGAAGAACACCGAGGUUGUUAGCAUCGGUUCUUUGUGGUACGGUUUUCAAUGAUUUUUACCCUCGGUGCAGAAUGCAGCUGCUGCUGUCAGGCUGCAACUUCGUUCCUGCAUGCGCGCAUUGGUGAUCGCACACAUCCUCGUGCGUGUGAUCUGUAACGACAAGCCGGGCGUCUCUCUGUGGACCAGGAUGUGUCAACGAGCGUAAUCUCGACGCGAGCGUCGUGAAUGAGCCUGUGCCGCAAUGACUAAUCGAGGAGGGUAUUGUUCGAUACCGUGAAACAAAGAAGAGAGAAAAGUUAAAAGGUUUCCAGAAAGUGCCGCGUGGUUUACAGGAAGACGACACCCGGUUACCGAGAAACUGGAGAAAAAAUCCACGGAAAACGAACGUCGUAUAUGAGAGGAGAUUUUUCACGGGCAGGUCAUCGAUCGUGUGCGGUAACCGUGCGGGCGACAAAGAAGAAAGUGAGAGAGAAAGAGAGGGAGAGAGAAAGAUUCGUCAAAUCCUUUGUAAACGAGAGACAGGAGUGACGGCGAUAUUCAACGAACCUGUAACGAAUCUCUUGCGAUCUGACGUUUAUCUGUCAAACUUGACGUAACAACUGGAAUCUCGAAGUGUUAUCGCAGAGAAAAGACUUGAAUUAUUGGCAAUACGUCAGGAUAGUUGAAAUCAACCAAAUGCCAAUCAAUAAUUAGCUGUAUGCCUAGAGACUAUUUAUUUUCGAUUCUCUUCUUUUCUUUUCUUUUUUUUUAUACAUAGUUUAUAAUUCCUUUCUUAUAAAUGCAAUUGUACAAUCACGACGAUAAAGAUUGCCAAUAAACGACUGAAUCGUUUUAUUACACCGUCAGAUAUAAAAUUUACUAAGGAUCUGCAUAAAAUAAUUCGCUUUUAUAAAACGUGUACGUCAUACGUAGCAAGACUUUGAAAAAUUAUACACGGUAAAUAAAUCUUGAUAAAAUACUACCGCGGUUAGAUACAGUGAUUUCAACCAGAGGAACUCUUGUUCAAGUGCAGUGUGAAGUGUAGAAUGGAAUAUAAUAUGGAUGAACUGGUGAUACGUUAGAAGGAUAAGCGUAGAGAAAAAUAUUUCGAGAAAGGGCGAAUAGGUAGUGAAGUAAAAAGAAAGAAAGAAAAAAAGUGGGCCUAUCGGGAAGAUAUUCGGCCGGCAGCUCUAGCAGCACGGCGCAGCUGCGCAGGCAGGAGGGCGAAAAUUUUAGGCCAAGAUGGUCAGCGGUGCUCAAACGAGGGCUGCGGCCGCGAUCUGCUUCUUCCUGCUCGUCCUCGACGCCACGGCUUCGGCCCAAACUGAGGAAACAACCGAGGAUCAACCGACGACCACCGGCAUCGUGCCGACUACGAUAUACCUCGGUGUUUUGGAAAAGAAUCAAUCGUUGUCGGAUGACAACAACAACAACAACAACAACAACAACAACAACAACAACAAUAACACGUCACAGAUAGUGCCGACUAAACCUUUGAACUUGACCGUUCAUCAUGUCACCUCAUCAUCCAUCGAACUGUCUUGGGCCAAACCUGAGAAUGCCAACGGUAUCGUAAUGGGGUAUCGGAUCUACUACAUGCAUUCCAAUUACACGGAUGUGAAAUCCCAUAAGAACAUGGACAUGACGAAUAGCAACAUUUACUUCAACCUCAGCGAUCUCAAACCGUACACAGAGUACAAGAUAUGGGUGAAGGCCUACACUUGGAAGAACGAAGGUGAACCAUCGGACCACAUUAUUCACAAGACCGACAUCGCCGGUCCAUCGGCCCCGAAUAUACUGAAUUUGACUUGCCAAGCACAGGACGUGAUUUACUUCCAAUGGCAGAGGCCUGGCCUCUUUUGGAACUCGAUAGAUUUCUACUACAUACGAUAUCGCGUCGAGGGCACCAAUGACUUCGAGGAAAUCCCGAUAUCUGCCGACAAAGAGCACCUCGAGAGCGGAACAACGAUUCAAAACCUGUCCAUGAACACCGUCUACGAGGUUACAGUUCGCGGUGCAACGCGAAGUGUAAUCAAUCCCAACGAUAUAAUAGUCGGAGAAAGCUCACCGCGUAGGACGGUGUCGGUUGAACCAAAUUGCGACAAAAUACCACCAUCGAUGCGUCGGAGCAGCAAGGAAUUCAGCGCCGGUGUUAUAGCCGGAAUGGUAUGCGCCUGCUUCGCCGUGAUGCUCGCCAUUACAUCCUUCGUGCUAUGGAGGCCAUGUCUCAGGCCGAUGUUUAGAAAAUGCUUUCACACCGCUUACUACUACCUUGACGACCCACCGAGGAACGUUCCCACUCUACAAGACUGGGAGAACACCGAGCAGGAUGGGGAACGAACCGCUGUCGCGGUACAGAAUUUUGCCCAACAUGUUGCGGCCCUGCAUGCCGACGGGGAUAUCGGGUUCAGUAAGGAGUACGAGCUCAUUCAAUCCGAGACCGGGGAUUACACGGUGGAAAAUUCACAGUACGCGGAGAACAAGACUAAAAAUCGUUACCUGAACAUUCUCGCAUAUGAUCAUACUCGGGUACAAUUGCUAUCUUGCGGAGGCGGUCCGCCAAAAAAGGGUCAGGACUAUGUUAACGCGAAUUACAUCGACGGUUGGCAACGCUCUCGAGCUUACAUCGGUACUCAAGGACCAUUGCCGCCGACAUUCGACGCUUUUUGGCGAAUGGUCUGGGAGCAGCGGGUGUCCAUCAUUGUUAUGAUAACGAAUCUAGUCGAGCGCGGACGUCGAAAAUGUGACAUGUACUGGCCUAAGGAGGGCACGGAAACUUACGGACACAUUCAGGUGACUCUCAUGAGAGAAGACAUCAUGGCCACGUACACCGUUCGCACUCUUCACAUUCGACAUUUGAAGCAGAUUAAGAAGAAGAAAAGCGGCACCAAUAUGGGGGAGAGGACUGUUCUUCAGUAUCACUACACCGGUUGGCCAGAUCAUGGGGUGCCGGAUCACCCGCUACCAGUUCUCAGCUUCGUGCGAAAGUCAUCGAACGCCAACCCGCCGGAUGCUGGUCCGAUCAUCGUUCAUUGCAGCGCCGGAGUCGGUCGCACGGGAACUUACAUAGUGAUCGACGCGAUGUUGAAGCAAGCUAAAAGCAAGGGGGAGAUAAACGUGUUUGGAUUUUUGAAACACAUUCGAACCCAGCGAAAUUUUUUAGUGCAAACCGAAGAACAGUACAUAUUCAUUCACGACGCUCUUCAGGAGGCUAUAGAGAGUGGAGAAACUAACAUCGAGGCCAACAGCCUGCUUCAGCACGUGCGGGACAUGCUGUGUCCGAAUAACAACAAGACCGAUCCGUGGAACUCGCUUGACGCUCAGUACAAGCUGGUCACAUCAUGGAAGCCAAAAGAUUUCAAUCUAGUCUCGGCCACAAAGCCCUGCAACGCGGUCAAAAAUCGGAACAUGGAGGCUUUGCCAAUUGAAAAUGCAAGAGUCCAUUUGACUCCGAAGCCUGGAAUUGAUGGAAGCGAUUACAUCAAUGCUACUUGGCUCGCUGGAUUCCAACGUAACCGGGAGUUCAUUUUGACUCAGCAUCCUAUGGAAAACACUAUUAUGGAAUUCUGGCAAAUGGUCUGGGACCACAAUGCUCAAACAAUUGUAAUGCUAACGCACUGCGAAGAGGACUAUCCGGAAUUCUGGCCUACCGAGGGUAAGGACUUGGAGUCUGAAACAUUUCGAGUGAGACUCUGCGGGAUCAAGGAAACAGUGAAUGGCGUUGUUUUGCGGGAAGUUGCCGUUCGCUCAUUGCAGGACGACUACGAGCUGAGCGCGAGGAUUGUCCAGGGUCCUCUAGAUCAGGGUGGUCCCUGGCCUCACAACAACAACCCGAAACUAUUCGUCAACGUUGUGCAAGAUUUUCACCGUGAUUAUCAGAACGGUCCAAUUAUCGUGAUGGAUAGAUACGGUGGAAUCGAGGGUGGGCUCUUCGUCAUCCUAACGACGCUGAACAAGCAGCUAGAAUUCGAACAAACGGCCGACAUUUACAUGUCUGCAAAAUUACUCUAUAUGAAACGGCCGGGAAUCUUCAGAUCUAAGGAGGACUACAUCCUGCUGUACCAAUGCCUGGAGUCGAUGUUGUCACCGAAAACGCAAGCGGAACCGGACCUCUACAUGACGGCGAACGGUCACGUGACGUCGAUGAGCGAGGGAAACGAGGCGCACCUCCACCACCAUCACCACCACCACCAAACAAGCAGAGAAAACUCGAUGCAGCACAUACCCUCGGAAUUUUCGGCGAAGACCCCGAUCCGGGAGUACACGACGAGCAUAGAGAUGACCGAAUACCCCCCGGAGUACGUCGCCAACAGCGUGAACGAGAGGAUUUCGAACCACGUUAACGAGCACGGGGCGUUAACCGGGUCUGUUCGAAACUCGACAGCCGCCGGGGCGAAUCCGUUGAGGAAUUCAAAUAUCUCGCAGGGCUCGGCUGAGCUCAACGGCUACGUUUCGAACGGCAGCACGCGCGUACCUCCCGAGGGGAUGGAAUCGACCUGCGUAAUCGUACCGCCAUGAUCCAAAGCCAUGGUUCGUUGCCAAGGCGCGACGACUACUCAUCGUUCCGAAAUGUUGUAACGGACGCUUCGGCUGGCAGGUGUAGAUUUUUAAACAAAGAACGCUGUUUCCUCUCCGCGAGAAACAAGUGAAAUUAUGCUGACGCGUCGGAUUCGUCGACGAACGACGAAACUAGAGACAGUCGCGUUGAUGGACGCGCACGGCUAGAUUUUAAACUCGCGAAGACAACGAACGGCGUCCAAUUUUCAGACUGACGAUGAAGUGCGCGAGGAUUUCCAUAAAUCCCGCGAAACUUUCUCUGCUAUGAUCAAUGAUCGACUGACUGGCCAGAGUUGCCGAUGUUUCGCUGUUUCAUUGUGCAGCACACCUCGUCGUAACUCGCGAGGAUUCUUGCCCGAAUGACCAGGCGAAAUGGAUUCGUUCGACGUUGUUUGACACGAAUUGGAAAAUGUGCACAACCAUCACGGCGUGUGUAUAAACAACUGCAACGUAUCGCGACGGAGAAAGACGUGAUUCGAGAACGAGAUGUUGAUAUUUCUGGGAAUGAAUGAAUCGACCACGGCAGCCAAUCAACCAUAAACUGUGAGACUAGAGAUUUGGAACUCGUGAAAAUAUCUUCCGCACAACAACAGUGGACGCUUGGAUUGAGAAUCGGUUCCGUUGUCGAUUGUUUUAUCGUGUAAACGAAUGUUUAGUAAUAAUAUAGGGAAACUGUCGACAUCGAUGGUAUUAUACGAACUAAAUUCUCGUUUUCGUUUUCUUCCCUCUCGUUGGACGCAUAGAAAAAAAAAAACAAGUAUAAUGAAUACGGAAUCGUAAAAUUGGACACACGAAAGAUUACAAGUAAAGCAAAGUAACGAACUUUCCUGAUAUACAUUUUACCUCUAUUUUUACAUCAACUGCAUUCUUACAAACUUCAUAUCGUGGCAACUACACGUAUGCGUAUACUCGAAUUAAGUUGCAUAUGAAUUAACAUCGAUGAAUACACGUAACUUUAUCGCGGAUCAAAGAACAUCAAGUGACUUUUCGUUCCAAGUACACAAUAUUAUCAAACGAAUUGAUUCGGAAUAGAUUCGUGUUCCCUUAGAAGCACUCGAAUUCCCAAAUUGGUUACAAACCGCACGCCCGUUAACGUCGUGAUAGUGAAUUGCGUUCCGAUUCACCAAGUUGCCAAAGAACAAUUAAAUCAUCAAUCGAAUUUCAAUCGAUUGUCAUAGUUAUAAUAUGUAAUUAAUCGUGCGCAUCGUUGUAAUAAUAAUUAAUCGAAUCAAUUGUGUUUUUUUUUUUUUUUUUUUUUA